GUGGGUGUCACGUGUCCUACUUAUAACGAGUGCACCCGUAACAACCUAAGAAUUACGAAACAUAUAUUAAAUCAACUAAACAUCACGUAGCAAAUAAGCCAUUAACCAAAUUCGACACUCUUUGACAUCCAUACAAAAACUCCUCACUUGGUGGGCAAAAAUGGCACGGAGACAGAUUUCCCUCCGAGUUGAGCCUCUCUCUUUACCUCUUACACUCUGCUUGUAGUAUUUUAGAAGCGAACAUAGGGCGAAGAGUCCAUGUCGUAUUUGUUAUUGCAUGAAAUGCUUCAUACCUGCUUGCCUAGCCUACGAUAAUUGAUAAUACUGCUUCUUAUUCUAUAUCAUCAUGUCUCAUUACGAAGAAGUAAAGGUCCAUGGUUAUGAUGAAUUUUGCAAAGCCGUGUCUGAGAGGAAAGGAAAUGACAUAUUUGCAUAUUUCUCUGGUGAUAUAGACACUCAAGGGUUGAGCUGGUGUCCAGAUUGUGUGAAAGCUGAGCCAAUUGUUAGAGGAGAGAUGUCCCACCUUCCUGAGGGCUCAGUCUUCUUCUACUGUCAGGUUGGAGAGAGGCCCUAUUGGAAGGAUCCCAAUAAUGAAUUCAAGAAGACUCUGAAGCUCAGUGGAGUUCCCACUCUGAUCCGAUAUGGCACGCCUCAGAAGCUGGUUGAGGAGGAGUGCUUCAAAGCUGACCUGGUGAGGAUGAUGUUCACUGAGGACUAGAGGGCUACAGCGGACCACACUCACCCUGCACUUGGUCAUCUUCCAUUUCCCCCUCUCCUGAGAUCCAGUCCAAUCACCUUUUCACUACACUUGAUUGAAUUGAUUGUUUCUUUGGAAUUCAAAUACACACUCCUCUCCCUGCGAGGUAGUGUUAAUCAGUGAAUGUGUUGCUAUUCUUACAUGGAAAUAAAAAGAAACUAUAACAUAACCAGAGGCCUUGGUAGAGCUAGCUGACUGCUUUUAGAACUUGAUGUUUCAUUUAGUAAAUUAAAUAGAAGAGUUAUAAUAACAUAGCCCACCAGACAAAUUGUGUCAAAUGAAUUGAAUCUCAUCAAUUGAUGAUUCUUGUUUCUUACUUACGGCAGUAAUCUAUAGAGUGAGGAUAUAAACUGAAGCAUUACCUGGUAUACUGUGAUUGUUAUAGUGUAUAACUUAGUCAAAUGAAAAUAAAUGAUGGCUGGAUGAAAACA